ACCUCCUCCAUCACCCCUAGCUUUAUUGCAAAACCAAGACCAACCGGUUCCACUUUCAAGAUUCCAACUUGAAUGCACUUUCUUCAAAUUUGAGAUAUAGUGAAAGAACUAUGAUGCAGGCUUCAAAGUUGAAUUUUGGCAUUUAGCAAAAGUGUAUGGAUAGCUGUGUAGGAAUUGUUAAGGUAAGUUGGAGGAUUUUGGUAUUCUUGAUUCCAAAUUCUGAUAUGGAAUUUAGUUACGUGAUUGAGCUGCUCACUCCGCUACCUCAAUCCCCUCCUCCAGCUGUCUCUGCUGCCCCUCCUCUUUCCCCACCCUUAUCUGAACCACCAACUUCACCUCCACAAUUGCUGCCUGUAUCACCACCUCCGUCACCUACAGCUGUGUCACCAACAUCUCAGGCCGCUCCUCCUCCAGUUUUAUCUGCACGCCCACCAUCAGGUGGUUUAACUCCACGAACCUGGCUCACUCCUCCAGUUGUAACUCCACCUCCACCUCGGGUCAUUUCCUCUUCCCCAGCUCCUCCAACCAAUGUCCAAUCUCCACCACAGGCGAGAUCACCUGAAAGCUCACCUCCACCUUCCUCACUUACACCCAUACCAUCUACUUCUCAGUCUGCUCCCCCACUUAACACAAAUUCUCCCCCUACACCACCAGCAUUGACAUAUCCACCUCCUUCAGUUCCUUCAACCUCUUCACCUCCUGCAAUUUUAGCCCCUGCUGCACCUCGCAAUUCAUCAACAAGUGGAAGUAUCAGUUCAUCAUCUUUGCCUGCUAUUCCAACUGAGAAGCCAACUGCAAAAUCAACCAAUGGCACCACUUCAUCAGCAAAUCCAACUUCUGGUAGUUUGAGAACAGGAAAUGCCAUUGCAGUGGGCAUUAUAGCUGCACUUGUUGUUCUUGGUCUUGUUGUCAUGGCCACGUGGUUUGCACAGAAAAGAAAGAGAAGGGGUGCUGGGGCAAAUACUGGAUAUACAAUGCCUUCUCCAUUUGUCUACUGUCAUAAUUCAGGAAGUAAUUCACAAAGUAAUUUCAUAUCAGAGUCUGGUGGGAUAAAUAAUUCGAAGUCAUGGUUCACAUAUAAUGAACUGGUCCAGGCUACAAAUAGGUUCUCAGAACAGAAUCUUUUGGGUGAAGGUGGAUUUGGUUGUGUAUACAAAGGUGGCCUCACAGAUGGAAGAGAAGUGGCUGUAAAGCAGCUAAAGAUUGGAGGUGGACAGGGAGAGCGUGAGUUCAGAGCAGAAGUGGAGAUCAUUAGCCGUGUACAUCAUCACCAUUUGGUUUCACUGGUGGGUUACUGUAUAUCAAACCACCAAAGAUUGCUUGUCUAUGACUACCUGCCUAACAAUACCCUUCAUUACCAUGUCCAUGGUAAAAGCAGGCCAGUCAUGGGUUGGGCUACUCAAGUCAAGGUUGCUGUUGGUGCAGCUCGUGGGAUAGCUUACCUCCAUGAAGAUUGCCAUCCCUGCAUUAUUCAUAGGGAUAUCAAGUCAUCAAAUAUUCUUCUAGACAACAAUUUUGAGGCUCGGGUAUCAGAUUUUGGACUUGCCAAGUUAGCUUUGGAGCUGGAUUCGCAUACACAUGUAUCAACACGUGUGAUGGGAACCUUUGGAUACAUGGCUCCAGAGUAUGGAACAAGUGGCAAAUUAACUGAAAAAUCCGAUGUUUACUCCUUUGGGGUUGUUCUUCUAGAGCUAAUAACGGGGCACAAGCCCGUUGAUGAUUCUCAACUUCUGGGUGAUGAGAGCCUGGUUGAAUGGAGUAUAAUAUUAGUUACGCUGUUCCAAAACUGCAAUUUUGAUGUGAUUCGAACUUUUUCCUCAGGCUCGACCUUGCUUACUCAAGCACUUGAACGUGAAGAAUUUGGGGAGUUGGUAGAUCCGAGGUUGGAAAAGAAUUAUGUGGUUUCAGAAAUGUUUCGAAUGAUCAAGGCAGCUGCAGCCUGUGUGCGACAUUCAGCUGCUAGAAGGCCACGAAUGAGUCAGGUGGCGAGAGCUCUAGACUCCUUGGAUGAGUUAUCAGAUCUCACAAAUGGAAUGAAACCUGGCCAGAGUGAGGUCUUUGAUUCAGCACAGCAAUCCGCACAACUCAAGAGUGUUUUAAAGAUUGGCAUUCAGUAAUCAAGACUACAGCUCUGGUUUCUUUAAUCAAACCCAGAGUAGCUGGGGAAGUCAAGAACGUGUGAGUCAAGGUAGCUAAAGGAGUCGAGAGAAUGUGUUAGCUGGAGUAACUGGAGCCAAGAGCAUAGGGAGAUACCUUAAUGCCGUGGAUGCUUCUCGGUUGUGCAAAUCCAGACAUGGUUCUGUGCAUGCUCAGACUUCGGUGGCACAUUGGUCGGAAGGGAUAGCAAUUCACUUUUGAUUCUGGAAUGAGCUUCAACAUUUGGAGUGGAAGGAAUCAGCUCUUGACGCUGAUUUCAUUUUCAUUUAUAAUGUGCAUUUUAUAUAUUUUUAGCUUCUUGCCUUAGCUUACAUGAUUGU